AAUGGGGAUGACCAUGGCGUGCCUUUCCGUAAGCGCAGCCUUCGACGGCGCUUCUGUUUACCCCAGCGCACUCGCUUUUUCCGCCUCUUGGCGAGGGAUUUCGGAGAUCUGUCCUUAUUAGUGGAAAUGUAACUGGAACCGACUCUGAUGAUAAAAUCAAGGACCAUCAGCAAGAUCAUGCAGUAGAAAAUUUUGGUUCCAAAUGAAGACCCCAACAUUUAGAAUUUCUACUUUUUCUAAGUUUGCAUAAUUGGCCUUAAAUGAGGUGAGAGUGAAGAAACUAGAGCCGUCUCUGGAUACAUCGCUACCCCACUUCCCUGUAAGCUACCCUCCGGAGUGCGAGAUUUGACCAUAUCUGUUUUGAGGACUCAUUAUGAACAAAGAAGUCUCCCAGGUGUGAAGUUUUUCAACAUGAGUGGCCUCGGGGACAGUUCAUCCGACCCUGCUAACCCAGACUCACAUAAGAGGAAAGGAUCGCCAUGUGACACACUGGCAUCAAGCACUGAAAAGAGGCGCAGGGAACAAGAAAAUAAGUAUUUAGAAGAACUAGCUGAGUUACUGUCUGCCAACAUCAGUGACAUUGACAGUUUGAGUGUAAAGCCAGACAAAUGCAAGAUUUUGAAGAAGACAGUCGAUCAGAUACAGCUCAUGAAGAGAAUGGAACAAGAGAAAUCAACAACUGAUGAUGAAGUGCAGAAAUCAGACAUCUCAUCGAGCAGUCAAGGAGUGAUAGAAAAGGAAUCCUUGGGACCUCUUCUGUUGGAGGCUUUGGAUGGAUUUUUCUUUGUUGUGAACUGUGAAGGGAGAAUUGUAUUUGUGUCGGAGAAUGUGACCAGCUACUUGGGUUACAAUCAGGAGGAAUUAAUGAAUACCAGUGUCUACAGCAUACUGCAUGUAGGGGAUCAUGCAGAAUUUGUGAAGAAUCUGCUACCAAAAUCACUAGUAAAUGGAGUUCCUUGGCCUCAAGAGGCAACACGACGAAAUAGCCAUACCUUUAACUGCAGGAUGCUAAUUCAUCCUCCAGAUGAGCCAGGCACCGAGAACCAAGAAGCUUGCCAGCGGUAUGAAGUAAUGCAGUGUUUUACUGUGUCACAGCCAAAAUCAAUUCAAGAGGAUGGAGAAGAUUUCCAGUCAUGUUUGAUUUGUAUUGCACGGCGAUUACCUCGGCCUCCAGCUAUUACCGGUGUAGAAUCCUUUAUGACCAAGCAAGAUACUACAGGCAAAAUCAUCUCUAUUGAUACCAGUUCCCUGAGAGCUGCUGGCAGAACUGGCUGGGAAGAUUUAGUGAGGAAGUGCAUUUAUGCUUUUUUCCAACCUCAGGGCAGAGAACCAUCUUAUGCCAGACAACUGUUUCAAGAAGUGAUGACCCGUGGCACUGCGUCCAGCCCAUCCUAUAGAUUCAUAUUGAAUGAUGGGACAAUGCUUAGCGCCCACACCAAGUGUAAGCUUUGCUACCCUCAAAGUCCAGACAUGCAACCUUUCAUCAUGGGAAUUCAUAUCAUCGACAGGGAACACAGUGGUCUUUCUCCUCAAGAUGACACUAAUUCUGGAAUGUCAAUUUCCCGAGUAAACCCGUCCGUCAAUUCUAGUAUCUCUCCGGCUCAUGGUGUGGCUCGUUCAUCCACAUUGCCACCAUCCAGCAACAACAUGGUAUCUCCCAGAGUGAACCGCCAACAGAGCUCAGACCUCCAUAGCAGCAGUCAUAGUAACUCUAGCAACAGCCAAGGGAGUUUUGGAUGCUCACCUGGAAAUCAGAUUGUAGCCAGUGUUGCCUUAAACCAGGGACAGGCCAGUUCCCAGAGCACUAACCCCUCCUUAAACCUCAAUAAUUCUCCUAUGGAAGGUACAGGAAUAUCUCUCGCACAGUUCAUGUCUCCCAGGAGACAAGUUAGUUCUGGAUUGGCAACAAGGCCCAGGAUGCCAAACAAUUCGUUUCCUCCUAAUAUUCCAACAUUAAGCUCUCCCGUUGGCAUGACAGGUACUACCUGUAAUAAUAGUAACCGAUCUUAUUCAAACAUCCCAGUAACAUCUUUACAGAGUAUGAAUGAAGGACCCAAUAACUCCGUUGGCUUCUCUGCCAGUUCUCCAGUCCUCAGGCAGAUGAGCUCGCAGAAUUCACCUAGCAGAUUAAAUAUACAGCCCACAAAAGCUGAGUCCAAAGAUAACAAAGAGAUUGCAUCCAUUUUAAAUGAAAUGAUUCAGUCCGACAACAGCUCUAGUGAUGGCAAACCUCUGGAUUCCGGGCUUCUGCAUAACAAUGACAGACUCUCAGAUGGAGACAAUAAAUACUCCCAAACCAGUCACAAACUAGUGCAGCUUCUGACAACAACAGCAGAGCAGCAGUUACGGCAUGCCGAUAUAGACACAAGUUGCAAAGAGGUACUGUCUUGCUCAGGCACUUCCGGCUCGGCCUCUGCUAACUCUUCAAGCGGCUCUUGCCCCUCCUCUCAUAGCUCACUGACAGAGCGGCACAAGAUUCUGCACAGGCUCUUACAGGAGGGCAGCCCCUCGGAUAUCACCACUUUAUCUGUCGAGCCUGAUAAAAAGGACAGUGCGUCUACUUCUGUGUCAGUGACUGGACAGGUACAAGGGAACUCGAGCGUAAAACUAGAACUGGAUGCUUCAAAGAAAAAAGAAUCAAAAGACCAUCAGCUCCUACGAUAUCUUUUAGAUAAAGAUGAGAAAGAUAUAAGAUCAACUCCAAACCUGAGCCUGGAUGAUGUGAAGGUGAAAGUGGAAAAGAAAGAACAGAUGGAUCCUUGUAACACAAACCCAACCCCAAUGACCAAACCUGCUCCUGAGGAAAUUAAACUGGAGUCCCAGAGCCAGUUUACAGCUGACCUUGACCAGUUUGAUCAGUUACUACCCACACUGGAGAAGGCAGCCCAGUUGCCAGGCCUGUGUGAACCGGAGAGGAUGGAUGGUGCGGUCACCAAUGUAACGAUCAAAUCAGAGACCCUGCCAGCUUCGCUUCAGUCUACCACUGCCAGACCCACUUCCAGGCUGAAUAGAUUACCGGAGCUGGAAUUGGAAGCAAUUGAUAACCAGUUUGGACAGCCAGGAACAGGUGAUCAGAUUCCAUGGGCAAAUAAUACAGUGACUACCGUAAAUCAGAAUAAACCAGAAGACCAGUGUAUUAGUUCACAAUUAGAUGAGCUUCUCUGUCCACCAACAACAGUAGAAGGAAGAAAUGAUGAGAAGGCUCUUCUUGAACAGCUGGUGUCCUUCCUCAGCGGCAAAGAUGAAACGGAGCUAGCUGAACUAGAUAGAGCUCUGGGGAUUGACAAACUUGUCCAGGGAGGUGGAUUAGAUGUGUUAUCAGAGAGAUUUCCACCACAACAAGCAACACCACCUUUGAUGAUGGACGAAAGACCCAACCUUUAUUCCCAGCCUUAUUCUUCUCCUUCACCUACUGCCAAUCUCUCCAGCCCUUUCCAAGGCAUGGUCAGGCAAAAACCUUCACUGGGGACUAUGCCUGUUCAAGUAACACCUCCCCGAGGCGCUUUUUCACCCAGCAUGGGCAUGCAGCCCAGACAGACUCUGAACAGACCUCCCGCUGCCCCCAACCAGCUGCGGCUUCAGCUUCAGCAGCGCUUGCAGGGACAGCAGCAGUUGAUACACCAAAAUCGGCAAGCUAUCUUAAACCAGUUUGCAGCAAACACUCCCGUUGGCAUCAAUAUGAGAUCAGGCAUGCAGCAGCAGAUUACACCUCAGCCACCCCUGAACGCCCAAAUGUUGGCACAGCGCCAGCGGGAGUUGUACAGCCAACAGCACCGACAGAGGCAGCUAAUACAGCAGCAAAGAGCCAUGCUCAUGAGGCAACAAAGCUUUGGGAACAACCUCCCUCCCUCAUCUGGACUGCCAGUUCAAAUGGGGAACCCCCGUCUUCCUCAGGGUGCUCCGCAGCAAUUUCCCUACCCACCAAACUAUGGUACAAAUCCAGGAACCCCACCUGCUUCUACCAGCCCGUUUUCACAACUGGCAGCAAAUCCCGAGUCAACCUUGGCCAACCGCAACAGCAUGGUGAACAGAGGCAUGACAGGAAACAUGGGAGGACAGUUUGGCACUGGAAUCAAUCCUCAGAUGCAGCAGAAUGUCUUCCAGUAUCCAGGAUCAGGAAUGGUUCCCCAAGGUGAGGCCAGCUUUGCUCCAUCUCUAAGCCCUGGGAGCUCCAUGGUGCCGAUGCCAAUCCCUCCUCCUCAGAGCUCUCUCCUCCAGCAGACUCCACCCACUUCUGGGUACCAGUCACCAGACAUGAAGGCCUGGCAGCAAGGAGCAAUGGGAAACAACAACGUGUUCAGUCAAGCUGUCCAGAGCCAGCCCACGCCUGCGCAGCCCGGAGUGUACAACAAUAUGAGCAUCACCGUGUCCAUGGCAGGUGGAAACACAAAUGUUCAGAACAUGAACCCGAUGAUGGGCCAGAUGCAGAUGAGCUCUUUGCAGAUGCCAGGAAUGAACACUGUGUGCCCUGAGCAGAUAAAUGAUCCAGCACUGAGACACACAGGCCUCUACUGCAACCAGCUCUCAUCCACUGACCUUCUCAAAACAGAAACAGAUGGAACCCAGCAGGUGCAACAGGUUCAGGUGUUUGCUGACGUCCAAUGUACAGUGAAUCUGGUAGGCGGGGACCCUUACCUGAACCAGCCUGGUCCACUGGGAACUCAAAAACCCACGACAGGACCACAGACCCCCCAGGCCCAGCAGAAGAGCCUCCUUCAGCAGCUACUGACUGAAUAACCACUUUUAAAGGAAUGUGAAAUUUAAAUAAUAGACAUACAGAGAUAUACAAAUAUAUUAUAUAUUUUUCUGAGAUUUUUGAUAUCUCAAUCUGCAGCCAUUCUUCAGGUCGUAGCAUUUGGAGCAAAAAAAACCCCCACAAAAAAACAAAAAAAAAAAAAAAACAACAAAGGAAUUCACUUUUGUUGGAAGAUUGAGAGGUGUUUUUGUUUCUUUCUUUGUAAAGGCCUUGGAUAUUGAAAAAAAAUAACAAGGCAGAACAGUUGGACAAUCUAUUUCUUGAGCCAAAUUUAAUUAUUCUUAUUUUUGUAAUCAGUCAUUGGCUUCUUAUCUGGAUGAAGGCUUUUGGAGGAGAACCAAAACGACGAGUUCCAAGGGGAAGAUGAAGCCCCGCCCCUGCUGGCUCAGUCCUGACCCUGACGAGGAAGAAGGGCCCAAGGGCCCGGUGGGGCUUUGCCUGUGCCCGUCCACCAAAGGCUGUCACGUGUGUCUGAAUCAACAGCCCUCCCCUUCCCGACCCCAGGCAGCUUGUGUGUACAAUCAGCUUCUUCUAGCAACUCUAUAUCUGUUGGCUUCAAGAGAAUAUUUUGCCUCCCAUAUGUACCCCUUCUCCUUUUUUUAAAGAUGGAUUUAAACCAAGAUGCCUCCAGGAAUGAGGACGAAAUGAGUAUAUUCACAGAGGAAUCCAAAAAAUACAGUUUGGGGGAAAAUGCAAUAAUUUUUGAUGAGAUGGGUGAAGGACAAGAAACAAGUUCUGUCAAUUAUUGUAGAUAACAAUUUUCUGAUUAAAUCUGGAAAAAAAAGGCAGCCUGUUCUUUCUGCUUUUAUUGUAUUAACAGCUAAGGUAGCUAAAGUUAUUUAAAAUAAAGUUAAAUUUAUGAUCCAAGUAGCUUAUUUUUCCCUUUAAAUCUCACUGUAAAUAUACUUGAUUUCUUGUAGAAAUUGAUUUCCUCCUGUUUAAUUUUAUGGUUUUAUUAUCAUACUCUUGAUUUUUCUAAAUUUGUGUGUGAAUAUAUCAUUGAAUUGCAGUUACAUUUGGCUAGUAAGAUUUCAUUAUUUUAAUAACUGUGAUGCCAUGUAUGGAUUUACUUUGAGGUUCAAAUCAAAAUGCCACUGCCAGAAAGAGCUGUUCCAGAUGAGCUAGAGCCUACUGCCCUAGAGUGUCCCUGGGAUCAUCUAACUUGAGACAGUGCAAGGAGUUAACACCAGAAGUGCACAGGCUACUUGUACAGAGAAAAAUCAGUACUCAAAAAAAGUCUUCAUUUGUUUUAGAUUGACUUUGGGGAUUUGAAUUUUCAUCAGCGCAAAUACAAAUUUCUCUAUCCUACUCUGAGGCUAACUGGUACCGUAUUUUCCCUUUGUGUCUUGUCACUCUGCCACGUCUUGUCUCAUCCUGGCCUGUGAGUCAAGGACCCAGUGAACUGCCUCUAGUUCUAGAAGUUCCACUGCAAGGCCAGGAAAGCUUGAGAAAGGUAUUGUGGAAGAAGCAAAGGUAGAUCCCCCAUCACUCGCCUUUACCUGCACCCUGGGCCUGUGAAUGAUGACAGCAUCUGACAUCGUGCGCCAGCUACCUCUGCUUCCACAGCAGGGAAGAGACCAUAAGAACGAACAGCAGAAGAGGAGCAUGGACUCAGACACCAAGGAAGAAGCCAUUUUCCCAGGUCCUCCUUUCUGCAUCUCACCACCCCUAGUUACAAAUAACUCCAUUGACAGCAUCUACUCAGAAACUAUAUGGAAUAAAAAGAUUGCUGGAAGGGCUUACAUGGGUAGCAACUAUGAAACAGAAAUAGGACACUCAGUUACAAACAUUAUCUCUUUUAGUUUUUCAGAAAAUGCAUCCCUGAUUUCAUUCAUUCCCAGCUUGAACGCCCAGCCAUAUUACUCUAGUCCUUACCAAACUGCUCUAGGAGGUCAUUUCUGUUUUGUUUGUGAUAUUUAGAUGCGCAGACUUCAGGAAGUUCACCUUUAACUUCAGCAUUCCAGAUGAAGUUUCCUGCCUCAGUGCUUUUGCAUAAGGAACUAGUUUUUAAAAGCGGUAAGGAAAAUUGGAGAUGCUAAUAACAUCCUCCCAUCCCAACUGCACCUGAAAGUAUGCAUGUCACCUUCAAGGUUUUAUAAUUGCACUGUUUGUUUUAUGUAUGUACAGAUUAAAAUUAUUGCUACAUUUGAGGAAAAUAAAAUUGCUUGCUUCUAUGUAAUUCCUGUCAUUCCACAGGAAAUUCACUUUUCCAGCUACUGAAUAGAACUUGUUUAACAACCUCC